AAUGUGUUACGUCGACUACCGGUCACGUGUUGUACAAUUGCGUACUGUACUAACAGGGUCCAGUGGCAGUGCUUGUUGUAUGUAGUACUGUACACUAAAACUUAGCACCAGGUCUGGGAACAGUUGUUGCUGACUGUAUGCGUAGUCUUGUGGAGACGAGGGAUGGAGACUGCUGGCUCUCUUCCUGACUCUGUAUUUCUGGAUGCCGGCAUUACAAAGUCAGUUUCUGAUGGAGACGUGGAUGCAGUCGAUCAAUUCCUACAAGAAAGCAAGAACUUUGAUGCAACAGAUGCUAAGAAACGCUCACUUUUACACUACGCAGUUGCACACAACCGGCUAAAAGUUUUAGAGAAACUGUUGGCUUAUGAUGUAGAUGUCAAUGCUGCAGACUAUAAAGGGUGGACUCCACUACAUACAGCAUGCCAAUUAGACCAUCGAGAUGCGGCAAAAAUGCUUAUUAGACACGAUGCCAGCAUUACCAGUCAAACGUCUGGUCAUGGUUGUAUGCCUGUUCAUGUUGCAGCUCAGUUUGGCUCACUUGGUGCUAUGCAGGAAUUACUGCAUGUUAAUGGGGAUGUCAUGUGCUUUGCAGCUGACAACUAUACACCCUUACAUUAUGCGGCUUGGGGUGGUCAUGUGGAUGUUAUUCGGUAUCUUCUGAGUCUUGAUUGUAAACACGAUCUACUUGAGGCAAAGACGUUUACAGAUGGUUACACUGCCGUUCAUGUGGCGUCUCUACAUGGAAAGAGAGAUGCUCUGAAUGAGUUGAUGUUACGUGGAGGAAGUCCAAGGAUAAAGACAAAACGUGGCAUUGACUGUUAUGGCUUGUCGGCUCAAGGCAAUCAUACUGAAUGUAUGAAAAUGCUAUCUGAGCCAUGCAAUGCAGGAACACCAAGAAUUGAAGCCAGGGACACUGCAACAUAUCUACCACAUUCAUUGUCAAUGCCUGAGGCACGCUCAGACACUCAUUCACAACAAGGCAGAGAAACUAAGGAAAUCAGAGAAUUCGACGCUACAAAACUUGAAAGCAGUCUUACAGAAGCGAACAGCAGAUUAGGUAAUGUUGAAGCAGGGUUAGCAGAAGUGAAAGAUAUGAUCGCUGAUUUGCAAUUGGGAGACAAAGUACAUCCUACGAAAUCGUCCUAAGAGCUAGUGUAACAUGAAGUUGUUAAAAUAGAUGCAGAAGAUUUGCAGAAUAUUCUAGUGUUUAGCUAUAAUUGUUAGGAAAGCGAAACAAUUGCAUGUUAUAUAAAGAGAUAAACCUUUAAAUUCAUGCA